AUGAAUGGGACAGUCAAGGCCGCUAAUAAAAAAUAUCAAGAGGAAUGUACCUUCGGUUACCGCACAUCGGUACGCAUAUCGACUGGGGCAAUACCUUUUUCUUUGGUAUAUGGAAUGGAAAUAGUACUACCCUUCGAGGUAGAAAUCCCAUCAUUACGAGUGUUAACGGAAACCCAGUUAGAAGAAGCGGAUAAGGUUCAAACCCGAUUUGAUCAACUUAAUCUCAUUGAGGAGAAAAGAUUAACCGUCGCAUGCCAUGGGCAACUAUACCAGCAAAGAAUGAAAAAGGCAUUUGACAAGAAAGUACAUCCUAGGAAAUUCCAAGAAAGUGAAUUGGUCUUAAAAAAAGAGAUUUUGUCAAUACAAAAGGAUCACAAGGGUAAGUGGACUCCAAAUUAUGAAGGCCUGUAUGUGGUAAAGAAGGCUUUUGGCGGUGGUGCACUUAUUCUCACAAGAAUGGAUGGAGAGGAGUUACCUUUGCCGGUUAAUUCUGACGCGGUAAAAAAUUCUAUGCAUAAUGAUUCCAUGAUAGGGAAUGCUUUUAAAGUGGAAUUGACAUUAUUGUAUUAUGCUUUAUUCAAUAAUUAUUUUUUCUUUGAAUUACCUCCCGAAAAUAAUAAGCAUCACAGGCAGGUUCAUGGGGUGUGA